AUGGGUCUCGCAGGCAUUACGGUCGGCACCCUCUUUGGCCUUUCCACCAAACUCGGCAGUAACGUACUGCAAAAGGUUCCAUAUAUGCGCCAUCCGUGGGAGCACGUGUUCUUUAUGGGCAUCGGCGCUGGUUUGGGCAGCUAUAUGCAAAAUAAAUACUAUCGAGACUUGGCAGAGGUGGAAGAGUUGCGAGCGUAUAUAGAGCGUCGCGAGGAGAUGAAGAAAAACGCAUAG